AUGGAUAACUUUGAAAACGAACAGAAUAGUUUUAUCGUUCUGAAUUCGCUUAACGUAACAUCAGUUGGUUCUUCUAAUCAUUCCUUAUCUUCACCAUCAGUAAUUCCUCCCAUUCUAGAAGAUGCAAGUGAUUCGUUGAGUGUGUUUUAUUCAUCAUCACCCCCGGAUCAUCCUCCUUGCAUCGAAGCGUCUGAAUCUUUGUAUGACUACACAGCUGAAGGUCAUCAACAGAUUUCCAAUUCUUCUGAUUGUGUGGUUCGUCUUCAGGCUCAGCCAUCUGUCAUAAAAAUGUCCAGCAUAAUAAAUCCACAGGAGCCAGGACUUAAGUCGUGGAAAGUGGUCACAAAAACGAAACAAAAUGAUAAACGAUCGAAACAAAAGCGCCUCAGUGGGACUUUUGGGAAGGGGCAUAGUAAAUUUAAACAUAAGUUGAAGUUAAUUAAGAGGAAGUUAACAAGUCCUAUGUUGUGUAAUUUCGAUUUUGUUGAUUCUGUUCCCUGUGAUGUGAACGGUCUUUCUGAUAUAAAUCAUGAUUAUAGAACUUCACAAACAUAUCCAGAAGGUGACCCUUGUAUUUACGGAAACCAGGCUAAUAUCAUUGCUUCUCAUCAAGAUGGGGCUAGAUUAAAUUGUACUCCACUCUGCAGUGCAGAGAGAACAAAUGUAUUAAAAUCUAAAGUCAAUAGGCGGAUGACUCAUCCCCUUGGCUCGAGUAUGCUCUUCCGUACACAUGCUUUUCGUGAAAGCAUCCAUCCUAAUGCAUACUGUUCUGAUGAGACGGAUUCACCUACUUGUGAAAAUCUUUCAAUAGAAGUCUCUGAUACACCGUCAUGGUUUUCUGGAAAAAUAGAGUCCAGUUCUAGUAGAUCUUCGUAUCCUGUGUACGCACAACAGAAUAUCGACAGUUUAGAUAAUCAAAGUUGCACCACACAUCUUCCCUCUUCAACUGUGUCUCCGUCAUCACUAGACUUGGGUUCACUCCCCUUUCCGAAUCCAACACAGUGGACGAUUGAUGAAGUAUAUACGUAUAUUACAACUCGGGACACGAGUCUUCUGGAGGCGGCGGAAAAGUUCAAACAUCACGAAAUCGAUGGACAAGCAUUGCUGCUUCUCAGCAUGGAGUCGCUUCGUCAUUAUAUGAAGAUUAAACUAGGUCCAGCUCUGAAAAUGGUACAUCUUAUUAACCGAUUGAAACGUGGGUUAUUAUGA